UGUGUGUGUGUGUGUGUGUGUUGAAAUUUAAGAUGGCGGUGGUGUAUUUGGCGGCUGCCUUCCUCUUCCAAACUGCGGGACUGUACGGCGGCGCCACGGCGACAGACACGGGCGGCGUCUUCGUGACGCAGCAGGCGGCGCACGGCGUGCUGCAGCGUCUGCGCAGGUACAACAGCGGCCUUUUUGAGGAAGUCAAGGUGGGCAACCUGGAGCGCGAGUGCAAGGAGGAGACCUGCACCCUGGAGGAGGCCCGGGAGGUGUUUGAGGACGAGGAGAAAACUAUGGAAUUCUGGGCGGGGUACAUUGAUGGCGACCAGUGCAAGCCCCCCCCUUGCCAGAAUGAUGGCGUGUGCCAAGACGGCGUCAAUUCUUACGUUUGCUGGUGUGGCGAAAACUUUAGCGGCAAAAACUGUGAGAUCGAGAUCAGCAAGCAGUGCUCGGUCAACAACGGAGGGUGCGCACACUUCUGCACGAUGGAGGCGGAGCUUGCAAAGUGCCGCUGUGCACAUGGAUACAGACUCGCAGCUGACCUGAGGACCUGCGAGCCGACAGGACAGUUCAGUUGCGGUCGACUCGGAGGCUCCGCCCACACGCCGCGCUCGUCCAACCGGACGCACUUCGGCAACUCCAGCGUGGAGGAGGAGGACGACGUCAUACCGGAAGAGUGGCUGGACUACGACUACAGCCUGACCGCCAACCUUUCACUGGAGGUCAACGCAUCGCUGAGGUCGGAGGUCAAGAGCCGGCCCGCGAGGUCGGCGUCCAACGACAGCGCGCUGCCUCUGGCGUCCUUCUUCCCCACCCUGUCCUCCGUCACGGCGCAGGCCAACAGCGACCAGAGGAUUGUCGGGGGAGACACGGCCCUGCCUGGAGAGGUUCCCUGGCAGGUGGCGCUCAUGUCCCGCUCGGCCUCGCUCCAGGUGGCGGAAGUCUUCUGCGGCGGUUCCCUGCUCAGCGAUGUGUGGGUCAUCACGGCGGCCCACUGCCUGGUCCAGGCCAAAAAGGCCGGGUUGCCCUUCUUUGUCAGAGCAGGCGAGCACGACGUCUUCGUGUCCGAGGGUCCGGAGCGAGACCACGCGGUGGCCGAGGAGCACGUGCACCCUUCCUACGACUACCAGGAGUCGCCGUACAACCACGACGUGGCGCUGCUCAAGCUGGCCGCCCCGGUGGAGCUGUCCCCGCACCGCCUGCCCAUCUGCUUCGGACCCAAGGACUUCACCAAGAACCUCCUGCAGGACUCCGCCGGCUCGCUGGUGAGCGGCUGGGGGCUCAUCAACUCCGGGGGGCCGCAGGCCUCCAAGCUGCAGAAGGUGGAGCUCCCCUUCGUUUCCCGCAGCAAGUGCAUGGAGAGCAGCCGCCUGAAAGUCACGCGCUUCAUGUUCUGCGCCGGCUUCCAGAGCCAGCGCAGGGACUCGUGCCAGGGGGACAGCGGGGGGCCGCAUGCCACCAAGUUCCGGGACACCUGGUUCCUGACCGGCAUCGUCAGCUGGGGCGAGGGCUGCGCCAAAGACGGAAAGUACGGCAUCUACACGCGUCUCUCUCGCUACUACCAAUGGAUCAGCAGCACCACCGCCAUCAGAGCGCACGGCUGAUGACCACUUCCUGUCCGGGCGUGAAGGCAACGGUCAGCAUGUCUCUGCACACUUUAAAACCAGUGAUUCUCAAACUGCGGCACUUAAUUGAAUGCUCGCAGUGUUACUGUUCAAACUGUGUGGAAAAAAACAUCAAAUAUACUCG